AUGGCCACCCAAUUCAUCAACUGGAUCAAGUCUCCAGCUGGACGACAGUACUUCUUUUCGACACACUUCUGGGGGCCAGUCGCAAACUGGGGCUUGCCACUUGCUGCCAUCGCCGAUCUCUCGAAAGAUGAAGAGAUGAUCUCAGGGACCAUGUCCAGUGCACUUUGCGCUUACUCGACCGUCUUUAUGCGUUUCGCAUGGAGAGUUCAGCCAAGAAACUACCUCCUCUUCGCUUGCCAUGCUACAAAUGCUACCGCACAGGCUGUUCAGCUCGGACGAUUCUUGAACUACCACAACUUUGGUGGAAAGGAAAAGAGAGGCGCUUUGCCAUCACCUCAGGUUGCAUCUGCAUAA